AUGUCCAGUCAGGACGAGCAAGUAGCACAGGUUCAAGUGCGUUUUACUACUCGCGAUCCUGAUUAUGCAGUAGCAGAUACGCCUAUUCUCAUUCCUACGACGCUUAGACGUUAUGGUUUAUCACAAAUUGUGAACCAUUUGCUGGAAAAAGAAACUCCCACUCCAUUUGAUUUUUUGGUCAAUGGUAAAAUCCUGACUACCUCGUUGGAUGAGUACAUCGUGCAGAAUGGUCUGUCCACCGAGUCUGUUCUUACACUGGAAUACAUUCCUUCUACACUGCCUCCUUCAUUUUUGGCAGCAUUUCCGCACGAGGAUUGGAUUUCAGGAAUCUCCUUGAAGGACGAUAGCAUUCUCACUUCCUCUUACGAUGGAAUUGCUCGUGUUUGGAACAAGAGCGGAAAAGUUUGUGUUACUUCAGCAUCUCUGGACUCUUCAUUAAAGUCGGUUGCUUGGACUACAGACUCUAGUUUUUUGACUGCUUCGCUCAAUCAAGGCAUUAGCUUAUGGUCAUAUUCUUCUGCUGAUGUUCCUAUGGAUGACGACGAAAGCUCUGCCGUUGUUGCUGACUAUGAUUGUGCUUUUGUCGGCCACGAAAACGUCGUAGAGCGGAUUCGUACCGGUUCUAGUACUUUGUUUCUCUCCGCUGGUGCUGACAAAAUGAUGGGAGUGUGGGAUCUAGAACGCUCUCCUGCAACAGGUUUGCCCACUCAAACAGUGACUGGCAAGCGUCGCAAAAAGAACACUGAAGUGCUUCCAAAGAAUGGUGCCAAGGCACCGUUGCUUAUGUGCACUGGCCAUAAUGGACCUGUUACGGACAUGGUUUUUGCUACUGAUACCAGUGUUGCUUACUCUGUAAGCCAAGAUCAUACAAUUAAAACUUGGGACUUGAUUACCGGUCAAUUGGUUAACUCUCGUAUCACUCGCGCACCGCUUUUGUGUAUUCAAAACAUCGGAGACCUUAACCUAUUGGCUUGCGGUUCCGCCGGUCGUCACAUUACUCUUCAUGAUCCAAGAGCCUCUGCUGAACAGACGACGUCCAUCACUUUGAAUGGACACAAAAAUUUUGUCUCAGGACUUGCCUGUAGCCCUGAGAACCCAUACAUGCUUGCAUCUGUUUCCCAUGAUAAUACAACAAAGGUUUGGGAUAUUCGGGCUACGUCUGGUAGUUUGUACACUUUGUCUCGUAACGUUCAAAGUAAGUCUACUUGGGACAAAUUGUUUGCCAUUGACUGGAACUCGUCGACCGGCAUUGUCACUGGAGGAACGGAUAAGCAGUUACAAAUUAACCAGUCUACAAAAGGAGACAUCGCUUCUUCAGAGUGAAAAUAUUUACAUCUUUUAUUGAGUUUUCGUAUCGUUUCAAUUUCUGCGAAAGCUCAUUCCUUUUUUGUGAUAAUAAAAAUCGGUUGGGUACUAGUUGUUCGUGUGGGAAUUAGACAUGGUAAAAUUAAGAGAAAUGAAAAUAAGACGGACUUGCUUAUGGCAAGUCUCUAACCUCCUGUUAGUGUAGUGAAAGUUACUCAAUGUGUCUGCAUAUUGGCUUGUAAAAAUCUAACACCCGUAAGUGCCUUCGACAUGCGACAGUUUUGCCGUCAAUAAAUGAAAGACGAACAUUCUUAUUUAAUUAACCAUUAAUUAUUUGUGCUCAACCGUCAUUGUUUUCGGCUUCUUCUUCCUCCUCCUCUUGAAAUGCUGGUUCGUUGAUAUGCUUCAUGUAUGUGGAUUGAGACAGUCUUCGCGGGAGCGCCAGCACUCGAAUAGCAGAAGCAUUGUGUCUCAUUAAUGAGGUAGUGUCUUUUCUCGGCAAAUGUAAUUUUUGCAGCGGGUCGAUGGAAGAGCAGGACUUUGCGAUUGCUGGCGCGGAUGGAGUAGGUUUAGAUGAUACAAUGGAUAUAAGUGAAUUGGAAGAAGCUGAAGAGACAUUAGACAGAGAACGAGAUCGCCAGGCCUUUUUACCAACAGAUUUGAAAGAUGAGGCAUUUGAAGAAGAGCGCUCAACGCCACGGCCAUUAGAGUCCUUGUCAUCAGGCGGUCGACCAAAAUUAAGAGAAGAUGAGGAAAAGUGAGAAUGAUUAGAAUCGGACGAAGUAGAAAGCAUUGCCGCGUAUGUAUUCAUAUUGUCAGACACAUCAGCAUCUGAACCCUGUUUAUAUAAAGAAGUCUGCUGUUUGCCGAGAGAAAUGCGAUUAAACUCCGGGCUGCACUGAUUCUUGGACACAGAAUGA